UCACAGAUCUUUUCACCAGCCGAGCUGUGACAUCAUUUCUCACUCUUUCACCCUCUAUUUUAAACACACACACACACACACACACACACGUUCUGAGCUGGAGGAUCUUGUUUCCACUCGACUGAUUUUUGGCGUCGCAUCACUGAAGAACAACAGGGAGGAGGAGGAGGAGAGAGAAGAGAGCAGAGAAAAAGACGAACGGAAGAUAACCAGAUUGAUAAUUAGAUUAACAGGUUAACUACCCGCUUGGUUAGCACAGAAACCAAAAACCAGGUUGAUAGUGGUUGAGUGAAGACCUCUGUGUUUCCAGAUGGAGUCUGAGGAGAAUCUGCUGAGUGCUUAUCUGCUGCUACUGCUGAUUGGAUCGCACUUCACUCUGGUGGGUCCAUCAGCCCCUGAGGAGGGCUGGCAGGUGUACAGCUCGGCUCAGGACUCGGACGGUCGGUGCGUUUGUACCGUUGUUGCUCCUCAGCAGACUGUCUGUUCCAGAGAUGCUCGAACCAAACAGCUGCGGCAGCUUCUGGAGAAGGUACAGAAUAUGAGUCAGUCCAUUGAGGUUCUGGAGAGGAGGACUCGGAUAGACAUGCAGUUUGUGGAGAAGAUGGAGGUCCAGGUGAAAGGCCUGCAAGACAAAUUCAAAGAAGUGGAGAAUGGACACGAGAGCAACAUUGCACGACAGUACAAGUCCAUCAAGGAAAAGAUGACGCAAUUAAUUCCUCUAAUCCCAGUGCUUGAGUCCUACAAGGCGGAUGCUCUGCUGGUUCGAAAGUUUAAAGAAGAAGCAGCAAAUGUGACGGCGCUGCUGGGGUCACUGCAGGAACAAGUGGGAGGUCUGGACUACCAGGAGCUUCACAGCCGGGUGACUGACCUGGAGGAACGGCUCAGAGCUUGCAUGCAGAAGCUUGCCUGCGGUAAGCUGACAGGAAUCUCUGAACCAAUCACCAUCAAGACUUCUGGAUCCAGAUUUGGCUCAUGGAUGACUGACCCAGUGGCUCCAGCUGGAGACCACAGAGUGUGGUACAUGGAUGGUUAUCACAACAACCGCUUUGUUAGGGAGUACCAAUCAAUGUACGAGUUUAUGAUGACAGAUAACUUCACAUCUCACCGUCUGCCUCACCCCUGGUCUGGAACUGGUCAAGUGGUUUAUAAUGGAUCCCUUUACUUUAACAAGUAUCAGAGUCACACUAUCAUCAAAUUUGAUUUCAGCACAUCGGUCAUCAGUCGCUCUCAACAGCUCGACUUUGCAGGUUACAACAACAUGUACCAUUACUCCUGGGGGGGGCACUCCGACAUUGACCUGAUGGUGGAUGAAGGCGGGCUUUGGGCAGUAUAUGCCACCAAUCAAAAUGCCGGAAACAUCGUCCUGAGCCAGUUAAACCCAAACACUCUGCAGAUCAUCCGCAGUUGGACCACCAACCAUCCCAAACGCAGUGCUGGUGAGGCCUUCAUGAUCUGUGGAACCUUAUACGUCACCAACGGGUAUUCAGGUGGAACCAAAGUGUACUACGCCUACUCCACCAACUCCUCCACCUAUGAAUACAUUGAUAUUCCUCUGACAAAUAAAUACAGCCACCUGUCCAUGCUGGACUACAACCCUAGAGACAGAGCACUGUAUGCCUGGAAUAAUGGUCACCAAGUCCUUUAUAAUGUCACGCUCUAUCACAUAAUACAGUAACAUUAAGUAAUCAGCAAAACAUCCCAUAAUGUCAUCUUUUAAAAUGUAAUAAGCCCCUCACUAUCCUAUGGCAUCAUACACUAACAUGUUUUCGUUAUAUAAUAAACCCACUGAUUCUCUGAUUUGUGGAGAAUUAGAAGAAAAAAAUGA